AUGAGACAAAAGGACAAUCGACAAGGAGUAGCUCCGGCAACGGCAACCUCAGAUCUGGUGAUUUUGCUUAAUUCUUGCAAACACCAACUAGAGCCAGCAUCAGUCUUUGAUAAUAUAACUAUUGAAAUUUUGGAACUUUUGAUUGCUUGGAGCAGUGAAGAUGAAAUAUUUCCUCCUAUUUCAAUUCAUUCUUCAUCCAUGACGGCUUCUUACUUGUUGCCGCAGCUAAUCAUGAACAUAAAGCUUGUCAUUCUUGACCUUUACAAGGAUGGACUUUUUUUCGGUACUGGUGCUGCUUCGGAUGAGGAUCAUGAUGUAUGGCGUUGGGGGGAGGCAAUUAUAAGUGGUUCAUCUGGUAGGGCUCGGUAUGACGUGUUUUUGAGCUUUAGAGGCGAAGACACUAGAGCGACUUUCACCUCACAUCUCUACUCCUCUCUAUCGAGCGCUGGAAUUCAUGUUUUCAAAGAUGAUGCGGUCCUUCCCAGAGGGAAUCCUCUCUCAAGUGAAUUGUCACGAGGAAUUGAACUUUCCACAAUUUCAAUCAUUAUCUUCUCCAAAGAAUAUGCUGGUUCUAGAUGGUGCCUUAACGAGCUCUCACAAAUCAUGGAGCUUCACAGGGCACAGGGUCGAGUUGUUCUGCCUGUGUUCUAUGGGGUGGGUCCAUCCGAAGUUCGUAAUCAAAUAUCUGGUUUUGGAGAAGCAUUUCGAGAUUUAAUACAACGAAGUUCACUCACAGAAGAAGAAGUGUUGAGGUGGAGAACAGCUCUCCGUGAAGUCGCGAGCAUUGCAGGGUUUGUUGUGCUCAAUUCCAGAACUCUGAAUUUCACAGCGACAAUGUUUUUACAAGUUGCACCACAAAAAUCUCCAUAUUAGCUCCGAUUAUGAGAAACCAUGUGAA